AUUUUAUUUUUUACCUAAAAAAGUUUUUAGUAAUUUCAAUGUGACCAAUUUUCCCUAGUUUUGUUUAGAGAGCAGUUCAUAUUAAACGGAAAGCUUAUAGAAAUCGAAACAUUAUUAAAUUAUUUUUCUAUCUUACAAAAUAUUUUUUUUUAUUAUUUUAAUUUUAUUUUUUACUAAAAUUUUUAUUAUGGCUAAUAUAUUUAAUUUAUUUGGUGAAAUAUCAGAAUUCCAUAAAGGUUCAACUAUAAAACCUUUAGCAAGAUCAAAAACAUGUCUUGAUAUAAAUGGUUCUUUAAAGAAUGUUGGUCAAUCAAAACCAAAAGGAUUAUCAAUUAGAUCUAGUUCUGAUUUAAAUGUACCUGAAACUGUGCAAAUUACUUUCAAUAAACAACAAGAAUUGUUAAAGCCAAAACUAACACAAUUAGAUAACAAUGGCCAACUAAUAUCACCUAGGAAAAAUAUUUUAUCAGAAAAACUAAGUGCAUUUUCUAUAAAAAAAAAAGAUAUAUCUCCAAAAAAAGAACUUGAUAUAAAACAUGUAAAAUCACCUCUAUCAUAUAAUGAAAGUAUUUUUAAAAAGCCAUUACUUUUAAAAAAUCAUGUUAAAAAAUUAUAUCCUGAACCAGAAAAUCUAGCACCAUAUUAUGAUAUGCAAUUUGAAUAUGAUAAUAUUUAUACUAAAGAUAUAGAAAAUGAAUUUAAAGAAUUACUUAAAAAAAAGGGAAAUGAAAUAGUACUUUAUGAAGAUGAAUUUGAAUUAGAUCAAAAGGAAAUUAAGUUUGAAAUACCAAAAUUAUGUAUAUCACCUAUAUUUGAUGAAGAGUGGAUACAAUAUAAGAUUCCUGAUUUACCAGAAAUAUCUGAUGAAUUUUAAACAUGAAAUAUAAUUAAUUUUAAAUAUAAAAAUAAUAUUAAAUAUAAAAAUGUUCAUUUAGCUUAAGAUAACUUAAAAUUUUUUUUUAUCAAUAAUUUAUUAAUAUAAAAUAAUUUAGAAUAGUUAUGUUAAAAUAUAGGUUAAAAUAUAUCUGAAGCAUAUAAAAAAUUAACUUUAAUUUAUUUAUGUUAAUUGCUUGAGUUUUAAAAAUUGAAUACUAAUUAUAUAUUCUGACAUUAAAAUUAAAAAAAUUUCAAAAUUGAUUAAUCAAUAAUUGGCUCUUGAAUGAUUUAUAUAUUUAAAAUCUAUUAUAUAAAUAGAUAAAAACAAAUUAAAAAUAAAUAAUUUAAUAAAAUUUUAAUACAUUAUAUUUUCUUUAUAUAUGAAUAAAUUUUUACAAAUAUAUUUUGUUAAUAUGUUUUUAUAAAAAUUUUUAAAAAAAGUAUUAAAUGCUCUUCAAUUGUUAAUAAUACAAAAUGACAAAUAGAUGUUUAACUGUAAUAGCUGGUAUUUUAGAAGAUCCUACUUUUAAUCAUAUAUGUUUUAUUGCCGAAAGUUUAUCUACAUUAUUACCGAAUUUUUAUUAUAGAAGUAUUAGUAAAAGUUCUUUAAAGUGGGAAGUAAGUUAAUAUUAUAUUUUUAUUUAUAAAUACAAUUCAAUUUAAAAAUUAUUUUAUAGUCAUGGUUAAAAGAAACUUGUGAACUUUAUAAAUGGACUCACACUAAAUCUCCUCUAAUAUGGAGAGAAAUUGGACUUAGUCAAACUCAUGUAAAUUAUAUUGGAAGUAGUUAUCAAUUUUGGGAAUUGUUGCAUAAAUAUUAUAACAUCACAUCAUAUUUAAAUAAAGAAGAACUUGAUGCAUUACAA